AUAUUAGAGAGACAAGCAGAGACAUAGGCUGAAGUUGUUCAGCUGGUUUCCAGGUGCAACUUGAAAGAUUUUUUUUCCAGUCAAACAGUCAAAAAAAGUCUUCCUGUCAGUGUUUUUCUGAAUAAUGGAUUAUUCCCGGCUAUGAAUAUGGUAUUAAUCUGUGUAAUGACUGAACAGUCUGCAAAUUUGUUUUGAAUAAACUUAAUUCAGGCAUUUUAGCUACAACCCAGACUUAAAUUACAACUGCCUGCAGGCAGUCACCACUGGUCCACAUUCUUCAAAUUCUUGUCAAUAAGCUGCUCUGAUGUGGCAGUUGAGGAACUGGAUGAGUCAGGUAAUUUAAAAAAACCCUGAAUUUAACUGAAUGAACACCACUCUCACUAUACUGAUACUACUCCUCUGUAACAGUGCUACAAGUGGCAGGAUAAAACAGAAUUAGAGCCUAAGCCAGAGAGGAGAUUAAGUGCAGAACUGAAAAAUUAUCAAAAUAAUCACAACAAUAUCAUCACAAACUGGUAAUCAGUUGUAGUGCUUCUGCUUCUGGCUUUUAAACAUUAUUCCGACUUCAUUUUAACAAAGCAAAAAUUUCCUACUAGGUAGGCGUUAAAAAUAGGUGUUGUUGGUUGUGCAAAAGUUGUGAGAUUACCGAUUUGCAACGUUACACUCUGCAGUACUGUGGUGCAAGAAUAAUAGUUAAACCAACUUGCAUCUGGGUGAAAGCAAUAACCACAUUUUUAUAAAUAAGCACUUUAGUUAAGAAGCUCAGGCCUGAUCGUGCACAGCUGCCUGGUUGCAGAUGUGUGUUUUCAACGGUAGAAAUGUCCCACAACUUUUCAUUCACUGGAUUCCAAAGUUCUACAGAAGCAGGAUGUCCUUCAUGUUGCACUGGCUCCUUCACUACCUUGUUCCAUAUAUAGCCUACUGACUUAGCCUACAGAGGGGAUUACACACUGCUGUUACCAGCGCUCUGUCUGUUUAGCAGUAGUUGUUGCCUGUUAUAUAUAUAUAUCUAUCCCCUCCCCACCCCUGAGCCCUUGAUCCCUGGGCUAAUUCCAUGAAUCGUCCAAAUCUAAAUCCACUCAUGGAGCAACAGCACACACAGUUGGGAAAAGAGAGAGAGAGGGAGAGAGAGAGAGAGGAAGAUGGUGGACAAAUAGACAGGAUGGGGAGGACAAGACGGAGCUUAUAUUAUGUUGUGCAAAAAAUUCUCCUUGAUAAUUCUGUGCACAGUUACACUCCUCUUGAGUCAAUUUGUCCUCCAUCAUCAGUGGGGCCAUGUUCCAUCUGUGUGCCCUUUGUGUGCAUCCUUACAGAUGCACCACCGACCCAGUGUGCCAACUCAUCAGAGGGGACUGUCAAGCCCGGCUGACGUCACCCAUCCAGCCUCUGUAAUCGAAAGAGACGUUAAUCCCGCUCCUCUCCAAAGCCUGACCGUGGGUGGGGUGGGACAGGGAGGGAUAUUGGGAGAGACAAGAGGAAGGAAGUUGGAUACAGGAGACUAAGGAGCGCAUGUAGGCUUCGGACCAGCAGACAGACUCAGCACUGAUCCAGACAAGUGAGAAAGGUGCUGUUUUGACUGUCAAAGGAGACUAGGGCACACCCCCACCUCCUGAUCCUCUGCUAAACUUCUGGGAUCCCUGAGGGUUUAGGAACCCCCCCCAUCCAGGCUUCGCCCUGGAGGCCAAAAGCCUCACUGAGGGCUCUGCGGAGGGGGAAUGCUGCGGGAGCUGCUCACCUCCUCCUGCAUCCCCCCUUGUGUCACCUGAGCUCACUGUGGAGGAGACAGGUUUCACCACUGUGGAGCUGUGCCAAGAUGGAGAAGACAUCUGCCUGACUGCAACUGAAGGAGGGAUGGAGGAGAUGAGUGGUCAUGAUCCAAACUGUGAAGACAUGCAAAGGAAAGACCAAAGAUUACCAUUCCAGUUCUCAGUCAGCUCCCCCCCCAUUUACCCCCAGAUCUUCCCUGACCCUGUUGAGGUUGUCCUGGGCCCGGAGACCUCCUUGAACAGCCUGGACCAGGAACACGGGAAGGAGCGUCUACCCUCCAUUGUGGUGGAACCCACGGAGGUGAGCGAGGUGGAGAGUGGAGAGCUGCGCUGGCCUCCAGAGAACAUGGACAUGGAGGAGGAUGAGGAGGACCUGUUCUUAGAGCAGUGCAUCCCCCCAGCUAACAUCGCAGACUGGGGAGAAGAUGAGGAUGAAGAGGAGACGUCAGUUAUUCUGAACCCGCAGCAUGGCUUGACACUCAUUGACCUUCAGUCGGAUGCAUUUAGAGAUGACACCCCCACGCUUCCACCGAGCAGUGCUCCGGCCCUCAACUGACUUAGCCCCCAAGAACUCUCCACCUCAGAUGAGCCAGUGUAGAAACAUCCUAACAUCAAGUAUGUCAACAUCUGUGACAAAACAUAGCAACCGGGAUGUUUGACAGUGACAGAUGACGCAAAGCAUGAACUAAAAACGGAUGCUGAUAAAGACGAAAAAAAAAAACCAACUAUCAAAAUGUGAUGUUAAACAUUGAUACUAAACUAAAUGGCAACUUCCAGAUUUAUGCUCUCAUUUAUAUCAGUACAUAUAAGAAUAGCCAUGUAUAGACAGGCCUGCACACAUGGGGACAUGAUCAGGGACAUUAAUGCACAAACACACAUUCUCAGUUAUACAAAAGUCAGAUUGCUGACGCUGAGAGUUGAGCAAAGUGGUAUCUUUGCUUUUAGGGAAAAUCUUGCUGAUGUUGUCACUUUAUGUUUCAUUUCCCUUACUGUUUCCUAAUUUUUAAAGGGUUGGUGACAUCAUAGGGCGCAGAGAAGACAUCCUGGCGUGGCAACAUUUUUUUAGUUUGUGUUUUGUUGAUUAUCUAUACUUCAUCUCUGUCUCUGAUACAGAUAACAGCCUGUACUCCAUGAAAUAUCUUUCUCAUAGAUUCUCAUUUUGAGUCCACUGUUGGCUUCUGAGGACAUUUACCUAGUUAUACCUUCAUUAUGUACAGCAUUUACUGAGACACUGUAAAAUGUGAAGGCUGUUCUCUGGAUUGACUUACUGUUUUUGCUCUGUCCUGAAUCUGUUGAGAAAUGUGAGCUCAGAUUUUUUCACAUUCACAUCACAUUCUGUCACAGCAUCAGUUCAUUCAAAUUUCUCAAUGAUUCAGUUGCUUUAUGAAUUAGGUGUCUCAUCAUCCAUUGUGCGAAUGACGAAUGUUGACUAAUGUAAUCUUUAAAAUCAGCACCAUCAGCAACCAAAAUGUUCCAUAAAUCACUGGUCAUUUUUAUAACCUUGGACUGGACGUUUGUUUUGUUUGUCAUGCAUAUUUGAAAUAAGGAGGGCAGCUCUAGUUACUUUUCAUUCAUAGAAGCCACUGAUAAUUGUAGUUGUGUAAUAAUACUCUAAUCUGUGUAUAGGCUGAUCUGUUAUUAAAUUGUAUAUAUGAAAAAGUUGUUGUAUUACUGUAAAAUGAUUAAUAUGAACUUGACAAUAAAGAAUUUUGU